AUGGCGCAGUUUGAAGGCCUGACACCGUCGCAGACAGUGGAGAGUGUUGGUCGACUGUUGGGUUGUUCUCCCACUUCUGCAAAGGUCGCAGAGUACCUGGACCAACAAGACCCUCUGAGACCACUCCGAGGAGAGUUCCUGUUGCCAAAAGUGUCUGAACUGCCAACCUAUGACUCAGUGGAGGUUGAUGGAUCUACAGACUGCAUUUAUCUUGUGGGCAACUCCCUGGGUCUACAACCCCGACUUGCCCAACGAUACUUGAUGGAAGAGCUGGAAAAAUGGGCCAAAAUAGGGGUACAUGGUCACACAGAUGGUGCGAGACCCUGGGCCUGGGCAGAGAACAAUAUAGAGCAGAUGAUGGCGGAUCUUGUGGGUGCGAAGAGAGAGGAGGUGGCUCUGAUGAACGGUUUAACAGUUAACCUGCACUUACUCCUGCUUUCCUUCUACAAACCCACGGCACUGCGGCACAAAAUCCUCCUUGAGGCAAAGGCCUUUCCAUCGGAUCAUUACGCUGUGGAGUCUCAGAUCCGUCUGCGAGGGCUGAACCCAGAGGAGAGCAUGCUGCUGGUGUCUCCCAGACCUGGGGAGGAGACCCUGCGGACAGAGGACAUUCUGGACGUGAUAGCGAAGGAAGGAGAGUCCAUCGCGGUGGUGAUGUUCAGUGGGGUCCAGUAUUACACCGGACAGCUCUUUGACAUGGCUGCCAUCACCGAGGCUGGGCACAGGAAGGGCUGUUAUGUUGGUUUUGACUGCGCUCACGCCGCGGGGAACGCGGUGCUGCAGCUCCAUGACUGGGGUGUGGACUUCGCCUGCUGGUGCUCCUACAAGUAUUUAAACUCUGGAGCUGGAGGUUUGGCCGGAGCAUUUAUCCACGAGAAACACAAGGACACCAUCACACCAGCACUAACGGGGUGGUGGGGCCAUGACCUCAAAACCCGUUUCCAAAUGAAUAAUGUGAUGGAGCUACAGCCAGGAGUGAGUGGAUUCAGGCUGUCAAACCAACCCAUCCUGCUGGUGUGCCCCCUGCAGGCCAGUUUGGAGGUUUUUCACAAAGCAGGCAUGGUAGCUUUAAGAAAGAAGUCGUUGUUACUGACUGGCUAUCUGGAGUAUUUGAUCCUUCACUACUUCAGCCAGGACCACACCCAGCCACAGAAGCCCUAUGUGCACAUCCUCACCCCCUCAGACCCCCAGCAGAGGGGCUGCCAGCUCUCGCUCUGUUUCUCCCUCCCCAUACGCACAGUUUUCCAGGAGUUGGAGAAAAGAGGCGUUGCUUGUGACUUGCGGGAGCCCAGUGUUCUGCGUGUGGCUCCGGUUCCUCUCUACAACUCCUUCAGUGACGUGCACCGCUUCGUUGAGACUCUGGGGGGCGCUCUGAGGGCCAACUACUCCUGA